GGUCAGUUGGGCCGGUGGUGUGUGUGCCGCGCCGCGGUGGAACACAUGCGCGGGGAGAGCGAUCGAUGUGCGCCACUGCCACGGCCUGCACGAUUGUAGCGCCGUUCCUCGUUCGCUGCAGUUAUCAAUACUUGGUUGCUGGAUGAUUGUUUGACACUUCACCAAAUCUGGAUAAAUUCUCGUGCGUUUUGUGAGUGUUGUUGGAAAGUCGUCGUUGUAAAUAGUUUCGAAACAUUUCACUCAUGGAGGGUGACAAUGCGUCUGCUGCUGAUGGAGCUGGAGGCCUGGCGCCCGCGGCAGGUGAGGAUGGAAUUGUCGGAGGACCUCGCACGCCUCAACAGAUUGCUGCUCAGAAAAGAUUACAGCAGACACAGGCACAAGUCGAUGAGGUUGUAGAUAUCAUGAAAACCAAUGUUGAAAAAGUAUUGGAGAGAGAUCAGAAGCUUUCAGAACUGGAUGAUCGAGCUGAUGCCCUUCAACAAGGAGCUUCACAGUUUGAGCAGCAGGCUGGAAAACUAAAGAGAAAAUUUUGGCUGCAAAAUUUAAAGAUGAUGAUCAUCAUGGGUGUGAUUGGUUUAGUAAUACUAGCCAUUAUUGUAGCCAAGUUCAUGCCAGACAAGCAGGAGCAGCCUCCAAUGAUGAUGUACCCCCCCAUGCAGCAGAUGCCCCCUCAGAUGCAGCAGCCUGCAGCCCCUGCUCCAGCCGCAUCCAACCCAGCUCCCGCCGCAGCCUCUCACCACUAAACCCAAACAUCAAUGUCAAGAUUAUGAACAAUCUUCAACACAAAAUAAGAAGUUACUUUAUUUUAUAUUUCUUUUUGUGUAAUGAUAUAGUAUUCAAUUACGUAUUCCAAAUUGUAAAGACUCAAUGCUUUAGUGAGAGAAAGAAGAGAGUUCGUAACGUGUAUUGUUGUUAGAUGAUUUUGAAAAUUAAUAUGACACGUGUUAUGUAGAGUGGCAAGAUUUGCAAAAUACACUCUAUCUGAAUAGCAUGUAGUUAUUACAGUCAUUUUUUUCAAUAUUUAAGUGUUGUUUUUCAGUACAUUUUGAGAAAUUCCUUAAAUAUAUACGUACUGUAGUAACCUUGAGACAAAGCUUCAGCAUUGUGUACCCUGAAAGUGAUACAGUUAAUAAAUUCAGGAACACGAUGCAAAAGAAAGUAUUCCCUAAUAUCCGCAGAAUUUGCUGAUUUUGGAUAUUGCAAACAGUUAAAUUUCCAUGUAUAUUCUACUACAAAUGUGAAUAAAAUAUGUACCAUUGAAUUUGCAGUAAUUCUCAAUAAUCAACACCUUCAGUGAAAUUGCAAUGAAAUGUAGUACCUAAUAAUAUAUUUGUGUAUUAUAUUUUAUGUAUAAUUUAUGAUUACUAUGUAUAUAUUUGAUGAGGCUUGGAUGCACCCACUGGCCAAUGACACCCACCAGUAGAAUUAUAGAGUCUCAGGUGAUCAGAACAAUCCUGAAGCUCCAAAUGUGCAAGUUUUACAACAAAACCAGAUCUUACAUACAAUUUUGUUAAGUGUGAUAGAAAAUAGUCACACAAUUCUGUCAUGAUUGCAAUAUUUCUGGAUAACUGCACUUUUGUAAUAAAAUGUUCCUCUUACACUCUUAGUUAACUCAACAAAUUGUCACUGUACUGUAUCUGAUAUUGUAGCUGAUUUGAGUAGUAGCGAAAAAAUAAUUUUUAAUUUUAAUUACUUAGAACUUAAUGAACUUGCUUCUGUAAUGUAUUUGAUGAAGACAGUUAAACAUGAGUAGGUUUUUUAAUCUGCUUAUUAAAUUGGUCUUUAAUAUUAAUUAUUAUAAACAAUGUAUGUUUCUUGAAAGUUAUUUAAUUUUAUAUAGUUUUAAAGGUUUUACAAUAUAACAGUAGUUAUAUGAUUGAUAUUUUGAUAUAACUUGGUGAUCGGUACUUUAGAUGAUUGACGCUACUAAAGUAUAGAUUUGUAUGUUUAAUUAUAUGUUUUUGUCUCAAUAUUACAAGAAAGGUUAGAUGUAAAAAACAUUUAAAAUCAAACUUUAAAACUGGCAUAGGCAUAGUUACCCUGUGGAAGUAAAUAUUUAUUUAUUUCAU